CAGACAAAACGUAACGUUCCAACUUGAACGAAGCCAUUUCCAUUUCCCAGCUGAAAAUAAAGAGAGAAAAAACAUUGAGAAUCUAUAUCCCUCCGUUUCUUCUAAAAAAUGAUGACCCAGCGCUGAGCAAAAAGUUCCCCUCCCAUCCUUUUCUGCGUUUUAUGCCGAACCUUUGUAACUGAACCCAUCCUUUUAUUUUGUCUCCUUCAGACGACCUUCAAUAAAAUUAACAAAAAGCCUGACAAGCGAAGAAACACAGUCAUGCUUCCGAUGUCGAGCGGCGCCGCUUGGAUGGGCGGAGACGAAGACGACGCAGCGUCUUGGACCAGAAACAGCACCACCACCCACAACAACAACAACAACAACAACAACAACAACAACGAGGCAGAGCCCAGAAGAAACGACCAAGACUCGAGCUUGGGAGCUUCUUUUUCAAACUUCAAAUCAAUGCUGGAAGGUGACUGGUACAUGAACAACGUUCUCAGCAACCCAGCUCAAGACCUCCAUGCCUUCUCUUCCACCCAAGCUUCUGAAACUACACUUGCUCCUCUGCAACCAAUCGACUCCUCCGCCUCCUGUUCUCCGUCGCCGGCCUUCUCUCUCGACCCUUCACAGCCGCCACAGCAGUUUUUGCCUCCAAAAUCCUGCUUCUCCUCUCUCCUCAACGUCGUCUGCUCCAACCCUUUUGAUAACAACGUCGACCUGGGCUGCGACGCUGGGUUUCUGGGCUCCUUUCAGGGAAAUCAGCCUUCCAAUUCCUCUGUUCUGAUGGGUUUCACGGCCCUCAAUUCUCAUUCUCAGAUGGGUACUCCCGAACUCAGUUCGAGCGCCGAGUUUCCAGCCAGUCGGUUGCUUCCGGUAACGGACAACGCCAAUGUACUCGACGGCGACUUUGGCUUCGAAGGCUUCGAUGGCUCGGCCGGCGCUCAGCUGCUGAACCGGGCUAAGCUCCUGUUCCCUUCCAUGGGUGCUCAGCCCACUCUUUUCCAGAAGCGCCGCCAAAACUCUGUAGGCGACGGGGGUGAUAAAUUGGGAAAUUUGGAGAUUUCGGGUCCCAGGUACGGGGGACUACUGGAGAGUUUGGAGAAGAAAAGGAAGAGGAACGAGGAGGGUGAGAUGGAGGAAGGGAGUCUGGAUGUGUCCGGUUUGAAUUAUGACUCGGAUGACUUCAAUGAGUACAGUCAAGUGGAGGUGGAGGAGAAUGCGAAGAAUGGUGGAAGCAAUUCGAAUGCCAACAGCACUGUCACCGGUGUAGAGGGAGGAGACCGGAAGGGCAAGAAGAAGGGUUUGCCGGCGAAAAAUUUGAUGGCGGAGAGGCGGCGGAGGAAGAAGCUCAAUGAUAGACUCUACAUGCUUAGGUCUGUUGUACCCAAGAUAAGCAAGAUGGAUAGGGCGUCCAUACUAGGGGAUGCAAUUGAUUAUUUGAAAGAGCUUCUACAAAGGAUUAAUGACCUCCAUAACGAGCUGGAGUCCGGUUCUUUGCUGCCUGCUUCAACAAGUUUUCAUCCGUUGACACCCACUCCAUCCACCCUUCCCUGCCGUGUUAAAGAAGAGCUCUGCCCAAGCUCCUUGCUAAGCCCCAAAACUCAGCCGAAGGUGGAGGUUCGGGUAAGGGAAGGGCGAACUGUUAAUAUCCACAUGUUCUGUUCUCGGAGACCAGGUCUCUUACUCUCAACCAUGAGGGCCUUGGAUAACCUUGAUUUGGACGUCCAGCAGGCUGUGAUCAGCUGCUUCAAUGGGUUUGCUUUAGAUGUGUUCCGAGCUGAGCAAUGCAGGGAAAACCAGUUCUUGCCAGAGCAAAUAAAAGCAGUACUUUUGGAUUCAGCUGGAUUUCAUGAUAUGAUGAUGUAACUGUUACUCGAGCAUUACAAAUUGGAGCCUUACAAUUGGGAGAAAUGAAGGCAGGCAGGCACCCUCAACUCAGCUAGCUAGUUUGCAAAUGCGCAACGGCUUCCUUCUCCUCUCUUUGUUCCAUCGAUAGAGCCCAUAGUGCUUAACUCGAAGAAUGUCAGCCGAUGAUGUCCGUAGAUUUAGUUUUUUUAAUCAUCUGUUUUGUUGUAGUGGAUUAUGUUAUGUUGAAUCAUCAGGCAAAACUGCUCUCUUAUCUUUAGUAACUAACUUCAGCUCUUGAUAUUAA